AUGGUUCGGCAUAUUUUUUCGUGGCUUUGGGCCAUUCCUGCCCUGGCCCAAGUUCAAGUUCAUAGCAUUCAUCCUCAAGGCCACGAUGAGAUCACCUAUAGCUUCAAUGUCCCCGACAAUACAGCUAAAUCGGGUUCGGGCCCCAUAUAUUUACAGAUGAAUUCUACUCGCCAAGUGCAGUGGUUUGCCUUGGGUCAAGGAAUGCAAAUGGCAGGCGCCAAUAUGUUUGUCGUGUAUACAUCUGGCAACACUGUCACUGUUUCUCCGCGGUCGGGUGUCGGGGAAAUCGAACCGUUGUAUAACAAGAACGCCCAGAUCACAAUCCUGAAUGGCAGUGGUGUGCACGACGGGGUCAUCACUGCCAAUGUCCGAUGCGAUACCUGCCUGGAAUGGAAUGGAGGAACAGAAAACGUGAACAGCUCUUCAAGUCCGUGGAUUUGGUCCAUUAAAUAUGGGGGGUCCCUGAAUUCGGUCAGUUUGUCUGAGGGUAUCACCCAACAUGAUGAUCACGGUGGCAUGACGAUCGACCUGAAAAAAGCGACGGGCGGCAGCUCAGUGAAUCCCUUCGCUCAAAUGGCCCGAGCGCCCAUCUCCUCCAGUGAAGAAGAUCCGGGCCUUGCGGCCUUCCAAAGCACGGUCAAGAGGAAAAAGACGGCCCAUGCUGUGCUCAUGGUUUUGGCUUUUGUGGUCAUGUUCCCAUUCUUCGCGCUCGGACUUCAUAUUUUCCCGUCGAAAUGGACGGUGAACAUUCACGGAAUAUUUCAACUCAUCACUUUGGCCGUCGCACUUGCGGGCUUUGGAGUCGGUGUUUCAUUAGCACGGCAGAUUGAAUUGAUCGAUUCUUACCAUACCAUCCUGGGGAUGAUCAUUGUACCAUGCCUUGUUCUUUUCCAGCCUGCUAUGGGUGUGUUGCAGCACCGAUUCUUCCGGAAGACAGGUGGGAAAGGACCUUUUUCUUAUAUGCAUCGCUGGUUUGGACGGUUGAUGAUGAUUCUUGGUAUCAUCAAUGCUGGGCUUGGAUUCAAGCUUGCGGGAGCACCGCGUGGGGCGGUCAUUGCAACUAGUGUUGUUGCUGGUAUCAUCGGAAUGGUUUAUAUUGUGAUUGUUAGUUGGAUUGGAAGACCGAGGAGCCGCAAUUUGUAA